UACUUAUGUCUGAUGACGUUUGAGACUUCAGAUUCGUCCCAAACACCUGAGAGCAUCGUUCACCUGUAGACAGGAAAAAGAAAAUCUGCCAAGAUGUGCUGCAAGGGCUUCCUCAAAACUAUGAUGUUUGUCUUCAAUGGCAUCAUCUUUCUGGCAGGCGCUGCCAUAUUGGCAUUAGGGAUCUGGGUGGCAGUGGACAGAGUCUCUCUUCUGGGCAUUUUAGAGAACAUUGAAGACGCGCCGCCCGAACUGGCCCAGCUGGCAAAUAUCGGCUACGUGUUGAUCGGCGUGGGAGGGUUUUUGGCGCUCAUGGGCUUCCUGGGAUGCUGUGGAGCCAUACAGGAAAACAAAUGCAUGCUGCUCUCGUUCUUCGUCAUUGUGCUCAUCAUCUUCCUCGUGGAGGUGGCAGCAGCGAUAGUGCUUGUCGUCUUCGAGCCUUUGGUUGAGAAUAUUCUGGAUAAAGUUGAACAGGCAGUUGCUAAAAGCAUUAAGGGCAAAUAUGGAGACGAUGAGAGUUUCACUUCAGUCUGGAAUAACACUAUGAAUGAGCUGAAAUGCUGCGGAUAUAAAAACUACACAGAUUUCACUGACUCUCCGUUCGUAUCCUCAUCAUCACUGUAUCCUGACACAUGUUGCACAAACAGUUCAGGACUCUGUACUGAAAAUGCAGCAGCAGCAGAGUCUGUUGUGGGCUGUUUCCGGGCAUUAGUGAAUCUGAUCGAGGAUAAUGCAAUUCUGCUGGCUGGUGUGGCUUUUGGAAUCGCCGCUUUAGAGAUUGCAGCUAUGGUUGUUUCCAUGAUCCUCUACAAGAAUAGAGGAAAAUGAGACCAGGACUGGCUGCAGAUGGUUUUGUUUGCAUAAUUGUUUACUGUAAAAUUAUGUAAAUACUAUAUAUGCUGCUGUAUGAAUGACAUUUGCACUAAAAUCUGUGACAUAUUUUGUUCUCUUUUAAAUGAUUUUUUUUCUUUUUUACUUUUUACCUUCAAGUACAAGAAUAUUUUUGCUCUAUGUUUAACAUAGUAAGAUAUGAUCCUGAUCCAAAGGUUUAAUCUAAAACAAUGUUGUGCUGAAUACUAUACCUCAUUAAAGAUCACUACAUUUUCUACAUUAUCUUUGAUAGAAAUAAAAAAAGAAAAUCUACAUCAUGUAGUCAAAUAAUUUAAUGUAUUUGUAUGAAUAAAAUAAACUUAUGUUUUUAAACUUCUGUACCAACUAUCUUACUAUGAUGCAUAUGUCAGGAAACACUUUUGAAAAACUCUCUCGAUGUCAAUGUGAAAUUUAUAAAUGUCUCAUGAAUGUAUCACAUCACA